GCUAAUUUUGCUUUUCGCCUUUGCGCAACGAAUUGUAUCGUCAGAACCGUACGGGGAGAGUUGCCAUCACUCGUAUACUUGCCCACUUGUAUGAAUUGCAGAUACCCGUAUAAUUCCACACACCCUACUCCCCCCCCCCCCGCCCCGGUAGCGUAGCCUAUACUUCAAAUGCCUCAGAAGCAAUCUCUGAGACAGAAUCUGAGACUACCACAGACCACCUCCGCAUUGACCCGCCAUUGAAGCUCCUCUUUUUAUAUCUCCCCCUGCAUUCCUCCUCCUCCUCCUCCUCCUCCUUCAUAUUCCUGCCCCUCCUUCCUUUCAUUGCUUUACUUACUCCCACUCACUGCUCAAUCCCAUCACUCCCUCAAUGUGUGGAGUGAAUAAUUUGGUUUGACAUUAUAAGAGUUGAUAAUUAGUCAAAUUAAUCAUCUGGGCGUUUGACUUUCUCAAGAUUUCGAGGUGAAUUAACUUCUACUCCUCACAAUUUGGAUCAUUUUUAAGCAAUAAUGGAGCAAACUACAGGAGGCCUGCCCGGAUCCGGUCUUGCUAUUCGUGAGCAUGACAAGACCGCGCUUGAAUCCAUCCAGUUCAACCAGGAAAUUCAGGGAAUCAUGGCACCGCCCCCUGAAAACGCCAGCUCCUUCACUGCACUUCUCGAACUCCCGCCGCCGCAAGCCGUGGAGCUCCUUCACUCGCCGGACUGUGGUGGAACCGCCGCUACUAGCAGCGCGUCUGCGAAAUCCCUAUGCCAAAUCAACAACCAGAAACCCUAUCUAUUCCACUCUUUCAGUGGCAAUUUAACCUUUCCUGCGAACGCCGCUUUGAUUGAACGCGCUGCCAAGUUCUCUGUGUUUGCCGGGGAAAACUCUAACCCAGAGGAUUCCAGCGUGGUUGGACGUAAUUCGAGUGCCAAUUUGGAUAAAGUAAAGAAUGAGCCCCCAGAGAGCGAUUCGAAUCCUAGUCCAAUGCAGGGCUGUGCUUCUGAUCCCACCGUAGAGAACCCGAACCAGAGGGCUGCAAAGAGGAAGGAGCGAGAGAAGAAGGUUAAAGUGUCCUCAAAGAAGAGCAAGGGCGUCGCCGACGAGGCCUCCGGGGAAGCGGAAAAGCUUCCCUAUGUUCAUGUCCGAGCUCGUCGAGGUCAAGCUACAGACAGCCAUAGCUUAGCAGAAAGGGCUAGGAGAGAGAAGAUAAAUGCUCGGAUGAAGCUUUUACAAGAGCUGGUCCCCGGCUGCAACAAGAUAUCGGGAACUGCAUUGGUUCUGGAUGAAAUCAUCAACCAUGUGCAAUCUCUACAGCGACAAGUGGAGUUCUUAUCAAUGAAAUUGGCCACGGUUAAUCCAAGAAUUGACUUCAACCUUGACAGCAUAUUGGCUACAGAAGGUGCAUCUCUCAUGGAUUGUAAUUUCCCCAGCACGGUUGCACCUUUGAUGUGGCCGGAAAUCCCAGUCAAUGGAAACAGACAGCAAUAUCAACAACAGUGGCAUGUUGAUGCAUUCCACCAACCACUUUGGGGCAGAGAAGGAGGAAACCAUAACUUUAUCACUCCAGAUAACUCUUUUUUGAGUUAUGACUCGUCAGCAAAUUCAGCAACUCUGCACUCAAAUCAGUUGAAGAUGGAACUGUGAAGGCGCAUAGAAGUUGUAUCAGCAGCUGGUAGAAGAGUAGUGUAUAUACAAAAUAUAGAAUUAGCAAUUAGCUGUGAUUUGAGAAGCAUCCACAUUCAGCAGGGUUUCCGUGCCUUCUAUUUGUGGGUCGGAAACCGGGAUUUUCCUAAACCAGGAAGAAGAAUUGGUAUGCCAUUCUUAUUAGAAAAAAUAUUAUUACUACUAUGUAUACUAACUAUAGGGGUCACUCAAUCCAAUACUUCAUUCAUGAGGUUAUUGGUUGAUUCAGAUUGUAAGACCAUAGAGUGAACUGUUACUGAACUUUCAUGGGAGAUUGUUGCUUUGUUUAUUGACUGCUAUUUAGAUUAUUGGUUCUUUCUGUGGAGGUGCGUGAAACAAGCUACUUUAAUUUCGAAUAACGUGUUGAAUAUUGUACUUC